UUCUAAACAAAAACCAAACAAACCAAACGCGAGUCAAAUUCGACACUGUUGAGAAAGCCUAUUUGUGUGGUUAUUGUUCUUUUAUAUUAGUUUUUUUAUUAAAAAGAAUGAAUGGUUUUAUGCCCGUGACUUCACCAAAUGGUGCUACAAAAGAACAAGAAGUGACUUCCACAAAUCUCGCGUUGAAUAUCUCUGACUUUGUUUUUUCGAAUGGUUUCCUACAAGGUGCUUUUUCAGAUACAAACAUACAAAUUCAAGAUAAUGUAUACCGCCUGCAUGCUUUAUUCUUAGCUCGUUCCCCUGUACUAUAUCAAAAAAUAACCGAAGUUUCUUCAACUGGCAUGCCUUAUAAUAUCAAAUUGGAGAUAGAAGAUCAUUAUGUUACAAAAGAAUCCAUAAUUUUUGUUCUUUCCUCUCUUUACCGAGAUGCCGUCAUUAUACCAGCUGAUUUGAACCCUUGUUGUAUUCUUGCUACCAGUGCAUUAUUGGGUCUUGACGGAUUGGCCUUUGAGGCUGCAUCUCGCAUUGAGAAUUCAAUUAAUCCAUUCACAAUGGAGAAUAUCCUCACCUUUUUGGACCCUAAAUUAGAGGGCUUUGAGAGGCUUAAAGUAGGAACGUAUCCUAGAUACACUACUGGCCUUUUUGACAAAGCUUUAGAAGUUAUGUAUACUACCCUUGUUAACCAUUGGAAUAAGGAAUACGUUAACGUGCUCUGCAAACUCCCUUUCCCUGUCAUUAAAAAUCUUUUGGAAAGCAACAAACUCACUGUUGGAACAAGCAGUAUGGCACGUUACAAGCUCGCAACAGAAAUUGUUAGGAUGCGCAAUUCAUACCGUAAACAGUUCCGCAUAGAAGGACGAGGAGAUGAAAGUGUCGUAUUGGCAUUUGGAGAAGGUAAUAGAUCCAUCCAGUUAGUCAAAAGUGCUUCUGGUCCUGAGUCAAGACGGAAGACACUUUGGAAAGCAGCUUCAACUGAGCAAAUAUAGAAGUCAGUUAUAUGGUAAAGCAUAUUUGCUUUCAUAAGUACAUACGGCUUCUAAACAUCUGUAUUUCUUUGCAUAGUUCUAAUUAUCUUGAUUGUAAUUUAAUUUUAUUUAAGAAAAAACACAAAGAAAGAAAAUCAGAGAAAAGCUGCUUAAAAUUGAAUAGACUUUUUAGUGUAAUUAUGUUCUACUCUUGAAGAAAGUUUUUUGGGAUCUAAGGCAAAAAGUCUAGCAGAUUCAGAUUUUAGAGGAUCAAAAAUGCUAAAUAAUAAAAAAUCUUGAAAGAAAAACGAUUAGAAGCAGCA